GGCGUUUUAUACGAAGUCACAAACCACGAUCAUUCAUCACUGUAAGAGCAGAGAAAAGAGUGAAAAAUGGAAGGAGAAAUACGCAACUUCAUCAUGGUAUGGAUGUCUGUGGUGGCAUCACUGUGCUACUGUCACACCAUCGGUAAGAUUAUCAAACACGGUCCAACAAGACUCUUGGCUAUCCUUCCAGUGAUGUUCCUCUUCCUAGUUCUUCCUUUCAGUCUCACAAGCGUUUUCCUAGUAGGCCCCACAUCUUUCUUCGUCUCUUGGCUCGCCACAUUCAAGCUCCUCCUCUUCUCCUUCGGUAAAGGCCCUCUUUCGUCCUACCCACCUCUCUCUCUGCCACGUUUCAUCCCCAUAGCUUGCUUCCCCAUCAAAAUCACCCAACACCACCCAUCACCAGAUCAUCACCCAAAACGACACAAAUCGCCUCUCAAUUAUGCCAUAAAGCUUCUCAUAUAUUCUACGAACUUACUAGCUUACAAAAAGAGGGAAUUUCUUCACCCAAAAGUUUUCAUGUUCUUGUUCUCCAUAUACACUUACAUAAUCUUUGAAGCCAUCUUAGCCUUGAUCGGCUCGUUGGCUCGAGCCGCGCUUGGAGUCGAGCUUGAGCCACAGUUCAACGAGCCCUACCUCUCCACAUCGCUUCAAGACUUCUGGGGAAGAAGGUGGAAUCUCAUGGCGAGUAACAUCCUACGGCCGACAGUUUACGAUCCCGUGAGAUCGUUUUCCAUCCGCUGGAUUGGUAAAAUGUGGGCCCCUCUGCCAGCUAUAGUGGCAGCGUUUUUCGUGUCUGGCAUGAUGCACGAGCUGAUCUUCUUUUACUUGGGAAGGUCCAAGCCCACGUGGGACCUCACGUGCUUUUUCUUGAUUCACGGCGUCUGUUUGGCCGUCGAAGUCGCCGUUAAGAAGGCGGUUAAGGGAAAGGGGCGGCUCCCGCCGUUAGUCUCGGGGGUGCUGGCGAUGUCGUUUGUGAUGGUCACUGGUUCCUGGCUGUUCUGGCCUGCGGUAAGGAGGUGCGGUGCGGAUGAGAGGGGACACAGAGAACUUCUUGCUGCUAUUGAGUUCGUCAAAAAUCUUGGUACGACUACUUUUGGUUUCGUUAAGGAUUGAUUAUUGCCUUCACUUAAUUUUUUAUUUUUUUUUGGCAAAUGUAAUUAUUUUAAUAAUUUUUUUUAAUGAAAGUGACUUCACAAGUUUGG